AUGGGUCAGCUCCUCUCACAUCCUUUGACGGAGAAGACCAUAGAGUGUAAUGAUUAUAAAGAGAUCGUUCAGGCUUACAAUUCAGUCGGAGAUGCAGCGUUCGCCAAUGGUAAGACGAGGUUGCCUCGCUUCUAUAACUGUGUGGGGACAAUGCAAGGUUAUAGAUUGACUCAAGAGGAUGCACAUCUUGUAGUUAAUGAGGAUAAAACCAUUCGUGUUAAAUUUUUCAAUCCCUUUAAAAACUCAACAGAAGAACUAACAAUGAGUAUAUUUGCACUUUUUGAUGGUCAUGGUGGUGAUGAUUGUUCCAAUUUCUUAAGCGGCGGACGUCAUAAUAAUGGUAAUCCCAGAAACAAAGGCAUAGCAAAAUGGAUAGCGUAUAGUUUCGAAAGGCAUGCAUAUGGAGCUUACGUGAAAGUUAAAAAUGGUGAAGAUGACAAGGGAGCAAACCCUGAGUACAAAAUUAGCCCGCCUAAUUCAAAGAAAGCGUUUAAAACCAUGCAAGGGCUAGUGAUGCAGAUUUUAAAGGACGCCUUUUUCCUGCAAGAUCAAGAAUUGUAUCAGUAUUUCGCUAACAGUUCGUGUGGAUCCACUGCUGUAGCAGCUGUUAUAAUCAAUUUUGAAGAUUUGUAUGUGAUAAACAGCGGUGAUUCGCGAUGCAUAUUGUCCUCAAAAUCACUAGGUGUAAAGACGAUGUCAUUCGACCAUAAACCCCAGCAUAUUGGUGAAUUGCUUCGUAUUAACGAUAACGGCGGAACGGUCUCGCUAGGUAGAGUGGGUGGUGUACUUGCGCUGAGUAGAGCAUUUGGGGAUUUCCAAUUCAAAAGAGGAGUUUACUACAGUAAUAAUAAGUAUAAUGGGUACAAAAUGAGGCAAUCAUCAGGAAUCCCACCUCAGGAAUCUCAAGUAACCGUGGAGCCGGACGUACUGAUGCAUAAGAUAGAUUACAACAGAGAUGAGUUUUUGGUACUCGCAUGUGACGGAAUAUGGGACAUUUACAGUAAUAAACAAUUGGUACAAUUUAUUAAAUAUCAUCUAACACUGGGCGUUAGUCUGGACGGAAUUGUUGCCAAAAUUUUAGAUCAUGGGAUAGCGCAGGCAAAUAGCAAUACGGGCGUUGGUUUUGACAAUAUGACCGUGAUAAUUUUGGUUCUUAAUAAGUCCAAUGAAACCUUACAAGACUGGUGUACGAAGAUGAAAUUCCGGUUAGAACGUGAAAGAGGACUUAGUUGA